ACUUCUUUCUCUCUCUCACCUUUUUACUGCAAAUUGAUAUGAAGAUGGAAGAAACAAAAGAAGUUGCUGUGACGACAAGCAACAAGGUUAGAAACUAUCUACCUCCUGAAAUCAUAUUUUUUAUUCUCUCAAAAUUGCCUCUUAAAUCAUUGAAAAAGUUUGAAUGUGUAUGCAAAACAUGGGCCGCUCUAUUUCAAAACUCUUAUUUCAUGACCAUAUACCGAAACAAUUUCAUAUCUAAUAGUAACCAUUAUGAUGAUACAUAUCUCGUCCUGCAAAAUGGUGUGGGACGAGAAGGCUAUUAUCACGGUGAAUACCGUUUUGAGUUUUAUUUGCUCCCUGGCCAGAGGUUUGAAGAUAGGAUCAAAAUAGAUUGGCCAACUCCAUUUCAAGUCGAUGGUUGUGGUAUUUAUAUCAUGGGUACGGUUAGUAUUAAUGGCAUUCUUUGUCUCAAUCAAGGGUAUGGAAGACGACUUGUAUUGUGGAAUCCAACUACUCGUGAAUUCAAGGUUAUUCCUCGCAGCCCUUUAGUAUAUGUACCACCUCAUCGGCACCCUCGCCAUACUCUUCAUGGAUUUGGUUAUGAUCAUGUAACAGAUGACUAUAAAGUGAUUCGCUUUGUGGAUUCAUUUCUCAUAUUUGACGAAAAUGAAGAGAUUGUAAAUGAAGAUAGAUCAUCAUACGAAAUAUUCUGGGAGAUAUAUUCUCUAAAAAGUGACUCUUGGAGGAAACUUGAUGUCAAUAUACCAAAUCGUUAUUACUAUACCCUAAAUCGUCGUAUUGGAGUGUACACGAAUGGAGUAUGUCAUUGGUGGGCUAAAACUAAUAAUUCACCUAAUUUUGAAGAAUGUUUGGUAUCAUUUGACUUUAGUAAUGAGGUGUUGAUUACAACACCCAUGCCCUCGUACUUGGAUGUUUCCAUUCCCUUAAAUUUGAAUCGUUCUUUGUAUUUGGACGAUACUUUUAGAUUUGUGGAGAGACAAUUGGUGCUUUUAAAUGAGUCAAUUGCAUUGAUCUCAACCGACUCAGAGACGGCUACAAUUCACAUAUCAAUUUUGGGCGAAUUCGGUGUAAGAGAAUCGUGGACCAAACUCUUUACGAUUCCAUGCUUACCUGUCAUUCAUUACUUCAUUGGAGUUGGGAAUUUGAGUAAUAUAGUCUUCUUUAAAACGAAUGAUUAUAAACUAGCUUGUAUUGAUUUAAAUACUAAGAUGAUUGAGGAACUUGACUUUAAAGUAAAGCAGUAUGCUUUUGUAGGGAAGUACAAGAAAAACUUUCUUCCUAUUGGAGGAGAGGAAUGAAUGUGUAGUAUAGCAAUCAACCACUGCUCUUUAAUUACUCUAUAUUUCUAUCGUAACGUUGGAUGAAACUACUCAAAUUUUAAUUUUAUUUUUAUCUGUUUAUUACAUUGUAAUGAAAUCUAGUAUCAUAAUGAUUUAAUAUAAUGUACU